GCGUUUUUCAACUGCAUGCACAUCCAGCCACCAGCAUGCGCCCACGCUCUCUUCUGUCCGCGCUGCCCUCCACGGCAGCAGCUCUGACCAAUAUCGUCAACCAAACCACCUGCGGCAACACCACCUACACCUACACCGGCCUUGAAGGCUACGGCUUCGUACCCUCCAACGCCACCGAUAAAUAUGGCGACACCAUGGGAGGCUUCGGCAGCUCCGCCGCUUUUGAUCUCUCCACCUGGCGUCGCACGGGACCCAACUCCUACACCGGUAUUCUCUACGCACUCCCUGACCGUGGCUGGAACACCAAUGGUACCCUCAACUUCCAACCACGCAUCCACACCUUCAACCUGACCCUCCAUCUCGCCCCCAAUGCCUCCGCAUCCCAGCCCUCCCCUCCCAACAUCCACCUCUACUACCUCGACACGCUCCUCCUCACCGGCCCAGACAAUCAACCCCUAACCGGCCUCGACGCCACCUUCACCGGCACGAUCAGCUACCCCAACUUCCCUCCUCUCCCCAUCGCCACCUACACUGGCGACGGCUUCGGCGGGGCUGGUCCCGGCGGCCAGCGCAUCCCACUGGACUCGGAAGGCCUGGCCCUGCCUGCCCACGACCCGUCCCACAUCUGGAUCUCCGACGAAUACGGGCCUUACAUCUACAAAUUCAACAAACACACCGGCCAAAUGGUCCAAGCCAUCCAACCACCCCCCGCGUACCUCCCCCGUCGCAACUCCACCCUCAGCUUCAGCGCCGACAGUCCCCCCAUCUACGACCCCGCCCUGACCCCCAUCCCCGCCGACCCCGACCCCGGCCGUGACAACAACCAAGGCUUCGAAGGCCUCACCAUCUCCCCCGAUGGCCGCAAACUCUACACUCUCCUCCAAUCCGCCCUCAAUCAAGAAGGCGGCCUGAAGAAAAAAUCCCGCAACCAAGCCCGACUUCUCCAAUACGACAUCUCCGGUAACACCACCAUCUACGAGCACGAAUACGUCGUCACCCUCCCCAAAUACUACAGCUACACCAAGGACGAAAACGUCGUCGCCGCACAAUCCGAAAUCCACCUCCUUCCCACCGGCGACUUCCUAGUCCUAGCCCGAGACUCAGGCUUCGGUCACGGCCAAGAUGACUCCCUAUCCGUUUACCGACACGCUGAUAUCUUCUACAUUGGUUCCAACACCACAGACCUGAAAAUCCUCAAGGGCGUAGAUUCCCCCAAUGGAACCAUCGCCUCCGAUAAGGGAAUCUUACAUUCCGGAAUCACCGCCGCAGAAUACUGUUCUUUCCUGGACUAUAAUGUUGAAGACCAACUCGCCAAAUUCGGCCUUCACAACGGUGGCGAACAGAAUCAGUGGUUGUUGAAUGAAAAGUGGGAGAGUUUGGUGCUUGUGCCGGUGGAUCCCCAGGACAGUAGUAACAGCACCGCAACCGGAAAAGAGAAAGAGUACUUUUUGUUCAGUAUUAGUGAUAAUGAUUUUGUGACGCAGGAUGGACAUAUGAAUUUCGGCCGCUUUAAGUAUGCGGAUGAGUCGGGGUAUAAUUUGGAUAAUCAGGUUUUGGUGUUUAGGAUUCGGUUCUAGGCGUGUUGCUCUGGUGCUGUGGCGGCCAUGAAGGUUGUGGUGGGUGUGAUCAGUGGGUUGUAUAUAUAUGGCGAGUGGAGUGCGGACAAUAUCGGCAGUUCAUCUGUAUGUCACUGACACUAUGACGAGCUACGAAAAGG